GCGAGUCUGCGAGGCAGAGCUGUUUCCUGUCUGAGUACAAAACGACUUCUUGAUUAAGUUUAUCGUCUUUUGAGAGCGUGUUUGUUUUCUUUUUUUUCUCAGCAAAAUUAAUGAAAACGUUGUUUUUUUUUUAAUUCGGUCGGUGAAAAGCCUGUGAACAGAAAUGCAAAUUGGGAAAUAAGUUCUUGCGCAUAUCAGAGUAAAACUGCAAAAUCUCACUGGAUUCUGAUAUGACCAAGAUGAUACGCUUCCAGCUCAUGUGCCAGAACUGCAAUGUGCAGUAUGAGAAAAUUAAGGACUUUAAGGCUCAUGUCCGGAAUUACAGACAUAAGCAGGAAGUGGCGAGACUUUUUCAGACAGCUGUACAUAAGGGACCAGUUUACUUUCCAAUGUUUGUUUUCCUGGAUUACAUGAGAAACCCAAACCAUGCUGAACCACUCGUUGGUUUCGACAUGAUGACCAUGUUUAUUACUCCUGAAAAAAUUGGUGCCCUUUACCUGUGCCACUUAUGUGAGGAGAAGUUAAACUCUGGAAAAGUUGUAUUGCAUCUGUGCUCUGAUAAGCAUUACUCAAGAUACUUGGCCUACACUAAUCCAGAGUUGCUGCGGUUUGCUUGGCUUAAUGACUCCUCUUAUCUGCAAUCCGGUGCUACAAACGAGUACAACACCAAUGGUUCUGGUAACCUACGGGUUUUCGAGCUGCCCGGGAUGAUGUUGAGGAGGUGUCAAAAACUGCCAUAUGAUCAAGUCAUGUCAGUGCUUUCCAAAACAGACAAGCUAAUGGAGCGUAUCCAAGCUGGUAUACCAUGGAGGAAAUGCAUUCAAGAGUACAUCACUGAUCCUGCCAGAACUAAUCCAUUAUUGGGCCUGAACCUACUGCUUGAGUACUCUUGUCCAAAGAAUGAGGGAUAUUGUGGGUAUCUCUGUAUUCUGUGCAAGACCAAUCUUUCAGCUACUCAAAGCAUCUCCCAUUGCAUCAGCUUUGAUCAUGUUUACUCGUAUCUGAAAGCUGCUCACCCAGCCACUUUAGACUCUCCCAAGAGCAGUUACAGUCAGUUCUCCUACAGUUUCCACAAGAAGGUUCUUUAUCUGGCAAAUCAAGCGCAGACUGUCUGCCCUCCGACGGAAAUACAGAGUGUACAUCUGGAUCUGGACUGCUUUAAACUUGUUAAGUCCUCAAGUUAUGCAAGUGCUCUGGAAAAGCUGCAGGUAAUAUGGAGAGAGAGAAACCAGAGUGAACUGAAUGUUAAUAUUACACCAGGAGAACGGAUCAUGUUUGUUCCAGAGGAUUCUAGGUCAUCUACUAGCACAGUGACUACAGAUAGCUCAGCAGAGCAACAAGAGGAGAAAACACAAACGGAAGGUCCUGUCACUCAAACUACAGAUGGUCCACCGUGCAAAAUUUUGUGUGUAGAAUGUGACAAGACAGUAAAGUUUAUAAAAGAUUACAAGCAGCAUAUUAAGGGAAAGCAACACAAACAGAAACUCAUUGAGCUGUUUGGACCAGGCCAGUACAGUGGAACCGUAUCUGAGAUUAAACUGUACCAGUUCAUAUGGAACCGCUAUGGCAAGACGUCGUUUACACCAAUUAUAGGCCUUCCAUUGCUCACUGUGUUUGUACAGAGGCAUAGUGUGGAUUUUAAAUCACCACCAUUCUACCUGUGCCAUGCGUGUGAGCUUAACAUCCCUGUCUCCUCCACGUCUAUCCACCUUACAUCCACAAUGCACUACCGCAAUGUCUUUGCAUACUCCAAACCAGACCUUGUUUUUCUUGAACACCGGGAUUUCACCCAGGUUGCACAAGAAGAACUGAGUCAGGGAAAGCAGAAGAUGGUCCUACAAGUGUGUGAGCUUCCAAGUCAGCAGUUUACAGAACUCAGGACCCUGGCAUAUGGAAAAUUCAUGGAAACAAUUGGGAAGAAAUCUCCAAAGCUGAGAAAAUGUGUUCAAGUUGAGAAGCGAGUGACACUGCAGUCAUACUCUAAAAGUUGUGAAAGGAAGUCUCCACUGCUUGGUCUGCAGUUCAUUGUGAAAUAUUCUACAACCCAGCAUUAUUACAGAUGUGGUUAUCUGUGCUUGCUGUGUGCAAAGAAGUUUUCAGAAAGGCACGUCAUUAUCCAUGUUUUGAGCUUUCCUCAUAUUUUCACCUAUCUUAAUAUGGCCCAUCCUGGUUCCUUGAACAAAGAGGAUGCUGAGCAGGUGGCUCUGAUCAUGGAUGUGGCACAGCAGGCAGAGAAAAUCACUCCUAAUAUGACUUUGCGGGAAGUGGACUUGAGCUUUGGAAAAUUUAUCGAAAUUGAAAAAAACUCCUUUAUGUCUGCUGUGGAUGUGCUACAAGUGGUUUUUAGAAAUAAAGGACUGGGAGAACUCAAACCUUCUGUUGUUCCUGGAGCAAGAUUAGUCUCCAGUUUUGAGACAAACAAGGAGAAUAACACUUCAAAGUGUGAAAAACAAGGGCAUACAUCAUCAGACACAGACAAAUUGAACGUAGAUGGUACACGCACCGAUACACCCAUGCCCAAAGUAGAAGAGAACAUGAAUUCAGAAUCUCCUGAUCUCCUACAUAAAGAACAUGAAGAGCUACGGAAAACCCCACAUAUAUCCAUAACACACAUACAGCCUGCUGAACUAUCAUUAGCCACAACACAUUCCAACUCGACAUCUUCACAGCCUCCAAUUACAUCCUUGCCCAAAGAGCAAUCUGAGCCCCUGAAAUUGGACCAGAAGUGUCUGAAUCAAGAAAGACUUCCUGACCACAACUCCACAGAGCAUGUUCCAACUGUAAAACAUCCUCAACCUCAAGACUUGUGUGUAUCUGAACAGCAGAGUGCAGAACUGGCACCAAAAAUUGCUAUGCAGGUGGAGGAUCUGCAGACUCCAGCACAGUUUCCAGCUUACUUCAACUCUGGGACCCCAGCAGUUCCUCAGACCCACUUGUCAACUUGUACUGACCUCCGGUACUACCUGAAGACACCCAACAGACAACCUGUAAUAGGUUUAAAAUCGGUGAUUGAAUGUUGCACCAUUGGUCAACAACCAUUCUACAUGUGCAUCACAUGUGCAGAAAGAUGUGCGGAGAGCUCCAUAAUAAAGCAUAUUUUAAGCCACAAUCACCGACUCCAAUAUCUGAAAUCUCUAGGCAUUGGUAUCGAGCAGGGCAACAAAAAGGCGAUGACUAAAUGGUUGCAAGCCCAAGCAGUAAUGGUAGAGAAUAUGGAAGGAUGUGGAGAGACAGAGACAAUAAAUUUGGAUGCUAAAAAUUACCAUGAAAUCUCCAGUGCAUGUAUCCUAUCUGCUUUGGGAACUCUAAGGGACUCUCUCCUCAAGCUGACAUCUGAGAUGAGUGUUGAAAGCCCAGAGGAAGCGUGCUCUGACAACUUCAAAAGUGAUGAGAGCCACGGACCUGAAGCAUUGAAAAGAGUAAAGGAAACUGAAGAAAAGGACAGUCCAUGUCCUCACCUAAAUGAAACUGUGAAGUCCACCAAGCCUGACACUGAGCCUGAAACUCCUAAGCAAAAUCCAGAUGAUCCUGCUCGAAGUUCACCGUAUUUAUGGUCUUACCUCACAAGCCCAACUCGCACAGAGCCAGUAAUCGGUUUGAGUAUGAUCACAGAAUAUCGUAAUUCCAAUGGCCAGAACUCCUUUCUCUGCUCCUGCUGCAAAAUAAUCCUUCCUACUACCGGUUACAUGGACCACCUGAUUAGCACUCACCAUCGCUUGAACUACAUUAAAAGUAAGCAUCCAGAGUUCAGCAUGAACACCAAUAAUACAGAGCUCCAAAAGAAAGCACAGCUUGUACAGGACAGAGAGGGCUGGGGAUGCCUCAAGGUGGUAGAAAAAGAAAAUAAGCAGCCUCAAAAAAAGACUAAGCAGCCAUCAGAAGAUGCUGAGAACUCUGGGCCAGAUGCCAAGGCCCAGAAACUGGAGUCAUCACAAACUGAAGGUGAUGCUGAGCCACAAGACCAUAACAGCCUUGAGCCAAAAACUACAAAACAGCAGAACAAGAAAAAAAAGAACCAACGCAAUGCUAUGAUUGGAUUGAAUUUUGUUACUUGUGUGCAUCAUGACAAAAAGAAGCUGUUCUUCUGUGAACUCUGCUCUGUCCGAGGUCAUUUCAAUCACAUGUCUAGUGUGACCCACAGGGAAACCUAUGUGAAACUUAAAUAUCCUGGUUGGACUGCAAGUGACAAAAACAAGGACAAGAAGCUGCAUAAGAUAGCUUUGCGCUUAUCACCGGUGGAGAGAAGCACUGGGAUGGGAAUGAAGAAACUGAAUGUCACUGCCAAAGUCUUCACAGCCUUACGUACUGCUCCUCUCAAUGAAGCCCUGAGUCAGCUAAAAUUGCUACAGACAAAGCCAGAAGAUGGAGUGGACCUGCAAACUCCUUCUUCCCAACCUGAACAUGGUACACGCAUCAGUUCUGGGGAUCACAUAUGUCCUGCUGCAGUUACCAACUCUUUGCAGCAGGAGAAAUCCCCCCUGCUGGAGAAUCGUUUAGUUCCAGAAGAAACUCCUAAUCCUCUAAAUACAGCCUACUCGUGCCACACCCCUCCUCUGAUUUCAUGCUGUCCUGUCUCAGUUCCUGUCUCAUUCAUUCCUCAUUCAUCCCCCUUUUCUACAACUUCUCCUAUGUCAUCCUCAAAAGAGCUUCCUGCUCCCUCCCACCACUCCAGCCACAUUUCUCCUCCACCACCACUCCAUUCUUUACCAUCUCCUGUCCAUAUUCCACCUCCUUUAUCCUCUCAACCUGUAAGUCAAAUUCAGUAUUUGUUUGUACCACAUCCCCUGUAUGAACCCAUAUCACCUCCAUCUGCAUCAGACUGCCAGGACGUAACCGAUGUUGCUCCUCCAUAUUCUUAUCCUGCACCUCCUGUGUAUGAACCCGAAUCACCUCAACCUGCAUCAGACUGCCAGGACAUAACCGAUGUUGCUCCUCCAUAUUCAUAUCCUGCACCUCCUGUGUAUGAACCCAUAUCACCUCAACCUGCAUCAGACUGCCAGGACAUAACCGAUGUUGCUCCUCCAUAUUCAUAUCCUGCACCUCCUGUGUAUGAACCCAUAUCACCUCAACCUGCAUCAGACUGCCAGGAUGUAACCGAUGUUGCUCCUCCAUAUUCAUCUACCCUUCCAACUCCUGUCAACCUUACUCAUCACAUGGAAUGUGAAGAACCUCCAAAUGUUGCAGGUCUUGUUCAUCCUGAAACAGGGCCAGGUGCCUCAACUUCAUAUGCAGAGUCCAAAGGCACUAGUGGAUCGAAGCUCACGUAUCGCCAGUCCAUCCUGAGAAAUGAAAGUGAACUUCGACAUGACACUAGACCAUCAAAAAAUUACUAUUUUCCAAACCUACCCACAGUGCUGGGACAGAGUCAUGCCUCCUGGUUUCUCCAUGUGAAGGGACUUCCUAACACAGUUCCAAUUAUAGGUCUGUCUAAUAUAUUGGAGUGCCGAGGUAUUUCACAGCCAACUUUUUUCCUGUGUCUAAACUGUGCUGAGAAUGUUAGCAACAAGAACUUUUGUGCCCAUAUGACCAGUGAACGGCACCAACACUUGUCCAUUAGCACCCAGUAUCAUGAGCUAUUUCAGCAGUGGCAGACCAUUCAUCAGAUGACCGUUCGUGACUUGGCUGAGAAACUGGUAUUGGCAGAGAAGGGGUUAGAUGCUAAGGUCAUCAAGCUGAACCAAAACCAGCACGAGUCUCUGCGUUCUGCAGACUUCCAUGAAGCAAUUGAAAUACUACAGAGGAUGUUUGGACCAUGUUUGGAUGAGAGCUCCCAGCCAUCAUGCCUUGCAGGCCAGAAUCAGAGAAGCAAUGAAAUGGUGAGGUCACUACCAGAGUCUGUGGAAGCUGAAAAAGAAAGAGAUCAUACGUCACAACAAAGCCAUGACAAAACAACACAAAUUCAGGAACUUCACAGUAAUCAAGUACCACUCAAAGAUUGUUUUCCAGAAUUUGAUAGUGUGCAGAAAAAGCUUGGUAAAAGCAGUACAGCAUGCACCAGCACACAUAAUCAGCUGCUGCAGAGUCAAAGCUCUCCAGAAGCCUUGCCAGAGAGUGAGGCUCAAACACCACAGCCCCAGCAUCAGUCUGUGGUACACACAGAUCUGACAGCUGAGUCUGACAGGAGUUCACUCCACUCUCAUAAGCCAAUCACUAAAAGAACAAUGGAGAACCCUGCUGUAGACGGUCCAAAUGUAACUGCCUUAGAAACUCCAGAGUCAGCCACAGAAGGUUUAAGAGAAAGAAGGCCAGCUCACACAUCUCCUCAUACACCCACAAUCAGACAGGAGCAAACUGGUCAUGAGGAAGUUUACUGUGGGGUCAAUAUCUCUCCCACUUUGGAAGCAAAAAGUUCUAAAGAACCUACAGGGAAUUCCCUCAAGCACAGUGACUUGAAGUGUAUAAACAAAACUAGAACAGAGGCAGAUGCUGUGGUUGGUCUGCCGGCAGUGAUUGAGUGCAGAAGUGAGGGUCGGUCUUCACUGUACUUAUGUGUCUCCUGCUCCAGCAAACUCGAUCAUGACCUCAUCAACAACCACCUGAUAAAGUCUGGCCACAGAUAUAGUUACCUGAAAAAACGUUACCCCUCUUUGUUUGAGGACUGGUCUGAUUCCGAUAGUAGAUCUGAGAGGUCCAUGAGGCUCAUGAGGCUUGCUCACAGAGUGGAGAUGACCAAUGAGGAUGAGCCUGGUGAGCUACAGGUGAUGAACCUGAACUGUGAUGACUUAAAGGAAAUAAAAGGCAUUCCAUUUGAUAAAGCCAUCAUACAUUUGCAGAAAAUCAGAAAAGAGCAGAACCUUUGUGCACUCAAAACUUGCAUUUCUCCCAAGAUGGCAAAACGUUUGAUAAAACAGGAGAGGAUUGAAACAGACGUGACAACCCAAUAUUCACUACAGCUACCUAAGUUGAUUUCACAGGGACCGAGGAGAUCUGUUAAGCGCAGGGCUGUUGAACAAGAUUUACCUCAUGGGUCGUUUUCAGGGAAAGAACAAUGCUCUGAUGUCCCAUCCAGUCAUACGAAACAGUCUCCUGCUGUAGGGAAUAACCAAGAACCGUCAGAUCUCCCAGUAAAGCGAAACAAGAUCUCGGGCAACGAUUUAGACAGUGUUACACAGCUCCAGAAGGAGUCUUCUAUUUUGACUACAGCCAAUCCAAUUAAAUCAUUACAUUGUGCACCAGCCACAGUUCUAAAGACUUCUAGAAGUUCUCCCAUAGACUUAGACCCCAGUUCUCAGGCUUGUAAGAGAACUACUUCCAUGGAUGAAACUGUGCUUCAAAACAGUAUAAAGCAAGAAUCUUCAUCAUCCAUUUUCGAACCUCAGCAAAUGGACUCCUGUCCCAGCACUAGUACCAUUACUGCUCUCUCUCCCAUGAAGGGUCAAGAAAUUGCUCGACUGUCUGAAAAAAGACCUUUGGGGAAAAAGAGCUUAAGUGAGAAUGUCUGGAAUUAUGAAAACCGACAGUUUAGCACCGAAACACCCAGUAUGACUAAUACGAACCCAGUAGCUGACUAUUCUACCAAGUCUGCGGCUAUGAAGCAGCAAAGCUUCAUGUAUUCACCGCACAAUUACAAUGAAGAGCUCAAUCCUCACUAUAACUGGAAAAUUCCUGAUACAAUUCUGGACCCCAAUCUGACUCCUAAUGCUAAUGCAAAUGUGUACCUUUCAAUGGUCUCUAGAUACGCCACAACAGCCUCUGUCACUAGUCAAAUGUCACCUGAAUAUGCAGUGUCUCAUCAAUAUCCCAUGUAUAUGCAUCCGGAUUACCCUUCAGUUAUUGCUGUAUCUAAUACUGUGGCACCUGAUUAUUUAGUGCCAGUAGAUGAAAGGACCAUGAAUUAUGAAGCAGCUGCCCCAGGUGUUUCUACAAAUGGUACAUACUUCCUGAAUGCAAACUCCGCUCCCACACCGCAUACAGUUUAUCAGUCUCAACAGGUGUACCAGCCGAUUCAUUCCAGGUCAUUCCAGGACCCAGAGACAUAUCACGCCUACUAUGCUUGCUGUACUUACAAUCAGGGACUUCACACUGAUCAAACGGCAGCAGACAGUGAAAAUGUCACUUCUACACCUGCAUUUGAACAUGGUGUUUACCCACUGGCAGGCUGGCCACAAAAAAAGAACUGAAUAAGAAACUGCCAAAGGACUUCACAGAUGUUGCUGAAAACCAAAGUGAAUAGCCAAAACAAUAAGCAUUAACCUUUUAUUUAAAAAAUGACCUGCUCUUUUCAGUUCUAAGUCAUUUACAUAGGGUCUUAUAUUUCUGUUCUAUACAUUACUCUGAAUAACUGUGUCAUGGCCGGCUGUUACAAUUCCAUGGAAUAUUAAUGAUGCAUGUGAGAUGUUUUGUAAAAUUUACUAUAAUGGUAUUUAUUGGCCACAUAGGCCUUUCCCUUGUUUUAUAAGAGAUAAGACUGCUUUGAUUUUUUUUUUUUUAUUUAAAUAGUUUUACCCAGACACUUUUGAAUGUAUAUUAUUUUGAAAGGGAAUACAUGUUUGGAGAUUUGAAUGUUUUUGUGAAACUUGAGGUUGUUUUUUUUUGUUUGUUUUUUUUCUAUUGUGCUGUUGUAUUUUUGCUGAUAUGUUUUGUUAAAUAAAAUCUCAGAAAUGUU